UCUAAAGCUUCUUCUGCACAUUUCCUUUGUUUCUGUUGUGGUCUACUCGGCAUCAGCAGCCAUGGUACUGGACGACGAGUGUGACUCUGUUUUUGAGCCCCAAAUCACUGAGGAUCACGUAGAGACUCAGUAUGGGACCUUCCACUGCAUCAUGACAGGAACUCCUAAGGCAAACCGCCCUGUCAUCCUAACAUUUCAUGAUAUUGGACUGAACCACAAGUCCUGUUUUUCGACACUGUUCAACCACGAGGACAUGGACGAAAUCAGAAAGCAUUUGCCUGUUUGUCAUGUGGAAGCACCAGGACAACACGAGGAAGCCAAAACUCUGCCUUCUGCGUAUACCUAUCCUACCAUGGACCAGCUGUCUGAAGCUCUGACUGCUAUCCUCAAACACUUUGGGUUGAAAAGUGUCAUUGGACUGGGAGUUGGAGCUGGAGCCCACAUCCUGGCUAAAUUCGCUCUCAAUCACCCUGAUCUAGUGGACGGAUUAGUUUUGAUCAACAUCAAUCCCUGCGCUGAAGGACUAAUGGAUAGUGUCGCAAACAAGAUCACUGAGUGGACCCACACUCUCCCAGACACAAUCAUCUCACACGUCUUUGGAAGGAAUGAGAUUGAGACCAACCUCGACCUCAUAGCUACGUACCGUUACCACAUCUCAACCAUGAACCAGUCCAAUGUCAGCCAGUUCUUACGCUCCUACAAAAACCGCACUGCUCUGGACGUGGAGAGGCCUAUUCCUGGAGGAACCAUCAAUGUCAGGACCCUCAAAUGCACCACUCUGCUGAUUGUAGGAGAUAGCGCUCCUGUUGUGGAAGAUGUGGUCGAAUGCAACUCUAAGCUCAACCCUACCAAGACCACACUACUUAAGAUGGCCGACUGUGGAGGACUUCCUCUGGUGGAUCAGCCAGCCAAAGUGAUUGAAGCCUUCAAGUAUUUCAUCCAGGGCUUGGGUUACUUGUCCAGCGCAAGUAUGACCAGACUUCGGUCACGGACAGCCUCCAGCUCGAGCAUCUCGUCCUUUGAUGGCUCACGGAGCCGCUCACACACCAAUGAGUUGCAGCGUGGCCAAACAAACUCACGUGGGGAGGAGAAACAUGGGCGCUCUCAGACUGACAUCUCUAUGGAGAGUAUUUCCAACAGUACUGUGGAUCAGAUCUCAAAGUCCACUGAAGUGGCAUGCUAGAGUGCUCUCUGCCCCAUAUCCCAUGAACUUAAAUCUAAUCAUCCCUUAUUAUAUCUACCCAGAGAGUCUCCUUCCUCUUUAACUUUAUCUUUCCAUCCCCACCCUUCAGUUUAUCAUGCCCUUUCAUCUGCACUAUGUCUAGCUGACAGGUCACAGGUCAUACCUCUAGUGUCUUCUGUAUCCUCUCUGUUCCUCCCUAUCCCUCCAUCAUCUCCAGCCUCAACCUCAUCCUGUUUGUAUCCUACCCUUAACUGUGUUUUUUCUCCUUGUUGUAUGUUCUUGUCUAUGUUUCUUUUCUUUUCUUCUGCUUCUCCCCCCUCUGACACUGAUGUUGUACCAGAGAUUUUGCUGCAUGCUUCAAUGAUAUACAAUACAUGAGAAAACUUUGAAAGCUGAAAUGUAUUCUUUGAAAAUAGAGGAGUCCUUCAGCAAUCGUGUGUUUAUAUAAAACUCAGGGGUGUAAUAAUAAGUGUACAUAAGAUGCUUCCUAGUAAAAAACGUGAUGUUCUUAACUGCAGAAAUGUGUUAUUGACAUGAAUGUUAGAUGCUUUGGGAAUUUUUUGUAAAAUAAAGUCAUAUCAUUACUGUAAAGAUAUGUUGCAUGAAUGUUCAAUUCAAUCAUUGAAACAGAUCAUCAUGUAAAUAUCUCUCUAUCUCAGCGAUUAAAAAUUAUGGUGUAAAUAAUCAUCCAUCUGACCCUCAUUUAUUCUAACCACAGAUGAAAAACAGAACAGUCUGACCUCUCUGAUCUGUAUUAUCGCCAUAACAGUAACCGUAAUGAUCAAGUGGGAUUUAAAUUAUUAUGGUAAUAAAACGAAGGAACAUAAUUAUGACAAAACAUUGCUUUCAGCACUCAGUUGUACAGCAUCACCAUUUACAUCACAUAUUAAUAUAUUACAUGAAAAGGGAACUCAGCUCUAAACAUCAAAAAGGUUUGGUCUUAAGUUGUACUACUACAUAUGUGAAAAAAAAGCUGAAUGUCCUUCAAAACACAUUGCUUCAGGUGAUUCAUUUGAGUCUGUGGCUGUAGACAACCAAUUAUAAAAUAAAAAAAUCUGGAGGUGUGAAGAAAAAAGUAAAUUUACCAGACUGCUACUCAUCUCUGCAUGAGUCUAGCAGCCUGAGGCCACUACUAACAGACCUGAAGGCAUCGUGGGUAAUGAAUGCCAUAUUUUAACAAGGAAGAAGAAUGCAUGGAAUAAAAAUUAAGAUAUUUCUAGUUCUGCUGCAUAAAUACGCUAGGAUUAUCAUAAAGUUUAAGAAAAUUAGGUCACAUAGCCAAUUCUAGUCUCCCUCGCUUCCUAUAAAUCUUCACACUGAUUAUUAUAAGUUUGAUUAUUGGCUGUACAUGACCAGGCUCCUACUUAUCCAAGAGAUCUACUAAUGAGCCUGGACGUCCUUUUAGGUCAGACGAUGGUGGCUUUCCCAGAGACCGACUAAUGACUAAAGGCAAUUAGGCUUUUGCAGUCUGGGUCCCCAAAUUUACCUGCUGAGAUUAGGCUGGCUUAAUCUAUUACUGUGUUUAAAGGACCGGUGUGGCAUUUACA